UUAUCUUCUGCAAUAAAGACCUAUUAAUGAAUGAAAAAUGAGUGCCUGAAGAAAAUGAGCAAAUUUCUGCAGUCAUUGAUGUUAUGGGGUUGCAUGUCAGGUAAAGGACCAGGAGCGAUGGUCAUCAUUACCUUCACAGUAAAUGCACAGAUGUACUGUACAUUGAAAUUUUGGACACUUUUUCCAUUCCGUCAAGAGAAAAUAGGUUUGGUGAUGAAAUCAUUUUUCAGGAUGAUAAUGCAUCUUGCCACAGAGCAAAGAGGGUUAAAACUUUUCUUCAGCAAAGGCAUAUCAACUCAUUGACAAUUGCCAGCAAACAGUCUAGAUCUCAAUCCGAUUUAAAAUUUAUGGUGGAAAUUGAAAAAAAAAAAAAAAAAGGUCCAUAACAAGGCUCCAUUCUGUAAAGCCGAUCUGUCAACAGCUAUAUGAUAAAGUUGGAACCUGUUAGGGCGGUACGGUGGUGUAGUGGUUAGCACGGUUGCCUCACAGCAAGAAGGUUCUGGGUUCGAGCCCAGCGGCCGGCAGGGGCCUUUCUGUGUGGAGUUUGCAUGUUCUCCCUAUGUCUGCGUGGGUUUCCUCCGGGUGCUCCAGUUUCCCCCACAGUCCAAAGACAUGCAGUUAGGUUGUGGGCUGGCCUUGGGCUGAAGUGCCCUUGAGCAAGGUACCUAACCCCUGACUUCUCCCCAGGUGCUGUAGUAUGGCUGCCCACUGCUCUGGGUAUGUGUGCGUGUGUGUUCACUGCUUCAGAUGGGUUAAAUGCAGAGGAUGAAUCUCACUGUGCUUGAAGUGUACAUGUGACAAAUAAAGCUUUCUUUCUUUCUUUUCUUUCUGCCUGAUAUAAAAUGUUGUUUUUCAUUAGUGAAGUCCAUGCCUUAAAGAAUUCAAGCUGUCAUAAAGGCCUGAGGAAGUGCAACAAAGUACUAAUUGUGAUUUUUAUUUAUUUUUGGUUGAUUUCAUAUUUUCCCUCAUCAUUGAGUGAUGCCAUAAUUUUUUUCUUCUACUUGAUCAGGAAAAAAAAAUUGACACUAAUUACAGCAAUUCAAUUUAAUUUGUUUGAGGUAUGUUUUACAACCCCAAAAUGUUCAGCUGUUAAAAAAGUUAAACAAAAAUAGUUUUGUCAUUUAUUUAUUUAUUUAUGCUACAAAAUUAAAAAAAAAAAAAAACCUGACUGAACAUCCUCCAAGUGUAGCGAUUCCGUAUUUUAGCCAGGGGUUGUAUUUUGAGAUUAAAUGAAUCAGGAUGUUGUAUGAUUGAUAUAAUAUUGCAUAAUAUAUAUAAAAUGAAAAUGUUUUUCUUAGGGAAUACAUUUUUUUUGUAAAACACUGGUUUAAUUGUUAUGCCACCACACAUUUUAAUAUUUGUUGAAACGUCCCUUAACCAUAACAGCACUGAUGAUGUACACAUGUUCUUCAUAUUCUUAUGUAUGUGAAACAGAUUACAUGUUUCAAAGGAGUUCAAAUCAGAGAACUGAGGUGCCCAGGUUAACUGUGUGUUCCUGCAAACAUUUCCGUGCUAAUUUAAUAUGGAAUAGUAUGUUUGGGCUCACUGUGUUAUUGAAAGAGCUUGAGAAAUGUCUCAACAUCCUGGCAGACACAACCAGUUUUGGGGCUAAAAUGUCUUAUUAGUAUUUGGUGAAAGAGGCCCUGGAUCACUAGCUGUCUUUAAAAAAAAUCCAGUUACAGAUUAGCAUUUCCCCCAGUCUAUAACUAUGCCCCAGACUUUUCAGAUGUCCUUAGAUCCUUGUCUUUCAGGUUUGGUUCAAAUCUAGUUAUGAAUUACAGCUAUUUGAAUAAUCCAGCUUUGCUUCCUUAGAAUUUAUUGAUGUAUGACAGCCAUGUUGGGUCCGUGUAUCAUCCGAUCACACGGACCAUGUUGUUUACAAAAGUUUUAUUUAUUGUUUUUGAGUCUUAAGUUUCACAAUCUGCUGAGUAGGUUCACAAUACAAUUGUGACAAUAGGCCAAAAAUCCUAAGAUUAUCUUGCAAAAGCAGGUUUCUCGUAUUAUCCAUAAGAUCACAAUUUUAUGUGGGCAGAGCUAAAAGGUCCAAAAUGGGAGCAAGUACAUUAAAGCCCCAUUAUGUGAGAUUUUUUUUUUUUCUUGCUCCUGGUCUCACGCUACAGUUACUGGAGUGUAAUUCACUUUUGCACCAUUGUCGUAAACACAAGUCGUGCUUUGAGCUCCCCCUCUGCACGUGCAUUUGUUUACAAGCUGAAGGAUCUGGAAUCAGCAGAAGCCAAAGAACCAUGUCGACUGACCAGGCAAAAAUCCAUUCUCGGACAUCUCCUCACAAGGAUUUACUACUGGAAAAGGUUAUGAACAACUAUAAGGCCUAAUGUUUGACCUUUUCACGUUAUUGGAGGUGCCCCAGAGUCCUGAUGUCCCAGAUGAGGUACCAUCACAUUGGUGCACCUGCAACAAAUGCAGGGAAAUGUCAACAGGCUCUGCUGCUGCCAGACCCCUAAAAACUCUUGAAGCAAAAUGGCAUAUAUGCAGCAUUGCGUAUUAGAUGCAGGGGUUUUGCAGCUGUCUCGUGCUGCAUGGAUCAAUAAUGACCAGGAGCCAGGAGUGGAGCAGCGACAAUACAGGCAUGCAGCAUACAGACAUUUUGUACUGUUGGAGCAUGGAUACUUGGGUGAAGGCAACAGAGUUGUAAUUACAAGCUGCUGUGUAUGGAAAAUUCAUGGGAUGCACUUCCUGCCUCACAGGGUCUGGCUUCAGGGUGUGCUGCCUUAUAUAAACGCUUCUCAUGACCUGCAAUUGUACAGCCCCAAAUCAGAAAAGGUUUUUGGAAACACUGAUGAGGCCCAGAAAGCCUAACUGGUCUACAGAGCAAAAGCUGCUAUUGGUGCAGCUAGUGAAAGCAAGGAGAGAAGGUCUACUGACUGGCAGGCAUUCUUGCCGUGAAACCGCAACUAACCGGAGAUGGGCAUGGGAUGAGAUUGCAGAGGAAAUUUCCACUGCUUACCCUGAUGUUCCCCGUACGGGAAAGGAGUGUGAGAGACACUGGUUUAUAGAGCAAGCCAAAGCCAGAGAGGCUAUGGUAAACCAAAAGUCACCUACAGAACAUAUCAAUCCUGUGACCAAACUAGUGAUGGAAAUCUUCAGAUUACAGAGAAAGGACACAGAGUUUGGAAACAGUGGGAAAAAAUGCACUGCUAUGUGUUCCAUAUGUAGAAGAACUAUCGAGGAGACUACGGGGAGAACCUCAAACUUCAAUCAUCAUUUGGCGAGACUACACCCAGAGAAGCUUGAAGAAGACAGCACAAGCUGUCAAGAAGAGGAGGAGGAACAAAUGGAAGUGAAAUAUAUUCCACCUACAGUUACACCUUUUAUAAACAUGCCUGAAAAUCACACAAACAAUAAUAGUGAAGAUAGUGUUCUGGCCAGUCCCCUAUGCCCACAGUCACCCUCUGCAGAAAAAAAGAUCCUAGAGAUAUCUGUUCUUCGCCGUCAAGAACGUGUGUUACAGUUGCAGGAGGAAUAUUAUUCCCUCAAAAUCAAACAUCUCAAAGCACGGAUGUUGAUGGACCUUUGAUGGGACCCUGAGGCCAUAUGAAAAAAGACUUUUAAAAAACAUGAGGAAUUCUAGGUCUAGAUUUCUAUUGUCAUAGCUGUGGCCUCGAUUAUCUGUUCAAUCAAAAGCUGAUCAUGUGGACCACAAUUCUCUUUGUAUCUGAUUAGUCUUCAGAACAACCUAAUGAAUCCUUUGUGUGUAUACUGUAUGUGUGUGGUUCAUGAGAAAUUGUCUGGCAUAGUAUAAUCCAAUAUUCAGUAUUUGAUAUAAUACCGUUUCACCAAUAGAUGGCAAAAUAGACUUAUUGAAUCAAACAUAGACUUAUUGAAUCAAACAAUAAAAGCCAAGCCAGUGUGCAGAUUAAUCUAUGAACAAAAUUUCUCAGUUUAUACGGUUCUAAACCUAUUUUGAUAUCACUAAUAAUCUCAUUGGCUGUCAUUUCACAUCAGAUUUUGUCAGAUUUCCACAAAUAUUUUCUAUUAGUCAGUACAUCUCUCAUUAUUCAAUGUAUCCACCAAUAUUACAAAGCUGUAAGCAAAAUGACUUAAAAAAUAGCGCUCCUCACUUCUCAUAUUUCUUAUCAACUGUACAUGAACACAUAAUUCAGACAGAAUGAACAAUACAUAAUUUAGGAUGACUUGCAACACUUGAUAAAGUGUAAUACAUGAAUGUGCAGGUUCAGCACAACGCAUGAUUAAAAUAAUACAUAAUAUAGAAUGGACAAUUGUUUGAGUCAGACUGCACAUUACUUGAUACAAAAUAGCCUAGGCUAGAUCAUUAUGGCAUGUAAAAAUGCAGGUGCAGAAGUUAGAACGAUGCACAAUUUAGAAGGAAAUAGGUCACUGAUUUAGCAGAAAACAGCCUUUCAGUAUAAUCGUUCUCAAAUCCUCUGAAAGAAAUAGCAGAUGAGUACAACAGUAAAAAAAAAUAUUUUGUAUGUGAUUACACAUGAAAUAUUCCAUAAAAGUAAUUUAUCUUCUCUGUGGACCUCCAAGCAUUAUAUAGACACUGCUAUUGUCUUCUGAUCUGACAUCUGUCUGCCUAAUUAGAGCUAAUAAGAUUUUGAAUGUCCAACUGGUUUUAUAUUAAAUUUGUAUUAACUUUUAACUUAAAAGUAGGAGAUAGAAACUAAAAGGUUUUAGAGGAACAAAGAUGUCUAAAAAUUCCAGGUAGGAGUCUUAGUUUGCAGAUCAAAUUUAGUUCUGCACUAACACCUUAAAAUAACAACAUUGUAAAACUGGAUGUAUGUUUAUGUUCUGUGUGAGAGGCUGUGAUGCUAUUUUUGCUGUUUCAGCUAUAGAUGUUCCACUGUGAAUCUUGUUAAAUAAUAACCAUGUUCAUAUCACGUGAUCUGAUUAUAAGUUGUCAACUGAGAAUGAUAACUGCUCACACCUGGUAUUUCCAUGUUUCAAAUGUGUGUUCAGUGAACACUUGUAAUUUGUUAGUCGCAGAGUUGUCAAAUCUGACAAAAGCAAUCCUCCAUCAACUUCAAAACCAAACAAAUGCCAAAUGAAGACAACUUCCAAUGUUAUUUCCUGAAUAAACCAUCGCAUACUG